AUGUCCUUGACCUUCACGCAGGGGUUCCUGCUGGGCCAGCUCUCCGUUGUGGUGUUCCUGGGCUGCUUCAUCAAGUUCUUCAUCUUCGGUGAGGCGCCGGCGCCGCGGUCGCCAACAACAAGAACAAGCUCGUCCUCCGCCGCCUCGCGCGGCGCCAGCUCUCGUCGCUCACCGGCCGUCGCUGGUGGUGGUGGUGGUGGUGGUCCUGCUGCCGCUGGCCCCAACAACACCAAUAAACAUAUCCGCACCACGUCCCUCCACGGCCUUGCGUCCUCCAAGGCCCCCGCGCCGCAGUCGUUGCGCACCAAGGCCAGCGCCACCAACAUCCUGCGCCCCGUGCCUACCAACGCCACCGAUAUCGCCUCGAUCCUGCGCAAGACGUACUACCAGAUCCCGAGCCGGGGGUUUGGUGGCGGCGGUGGUGUUGGUGGUCACGGACAUGGACACGGCCACGGGCAUGGGAAACAGCACCAUCAGCAGCAGCAAUACUCGACGCACCAGCCGGAGAGUCUGGAUUGGUUCAACGUCCUGAUUGCCCAGACAAUAGCACAGUACCGCCAGACGGUCUACAAUCUGCGAGAUGGCUCGGGAAGCUCCUCGGCGAUACUGGCGAGCCUCGAAGCAACUAUUAACGAUCCAGAAAAAAGGCCGUCCUACAUAGACAACAUCAAGAUUACCGAGGUUUCCAUGGGCGAGGAAUUCCCCAUUUUCAGCAAUGUUCGUGUGAUUGCCGUCGACGACGAUAUGUCAAGUGCCACGGGUGGCAGGCUGCAAGCUCUGAUGGAUGUCGAUCUGUCUGACGACAAUCUCACUCUGGCUAUCGAGACCGCGCUCAUCCUCAACUACCCCAAACCCUUUUCUGCCGUGCUGCCAGUGGCUCUGGCUGUCUCGGUCGUAAGAUUUUCUGGCACUCUCUCCAUAAGUUUUGUCCCUGCUACGGAAGACGAGCCAUCGAGCGAAAACAAGCAUGCUUCCUCGGGUAAGCCCAAAACCAAUCUUGCCUUUUCGUUUCUGCCCGAUUAUCGGCUCGAUCUUUCUGUCAGAAGCUUGAUUGGAUCCCGCACUCGCUUGCAGGACGUCCCAAAGAUCGCCCAGCUGGUGGAAGCUAGAGCACAAGCGUGGUUUGAGGAGAGAGUUGUCGAGCCGAGAGUGCAGGUGGUCCCUUUGCCCGGCUUGUGGCCGCGGAUGGGCAAGACCAGGGUGAGGGAAGGCCAGGAUGACGACCGUCCUCCUACCCAGGACGACCGCCGGUCCUCUUCAUUCGUAGAUCAUCGCAAAGAGGCGAACCCGGACGACCACUUCCCCUCUCAAGAAGAGACUGAGAGGAUCUUUGAGGGCCUUAGAUGGCGUACCGGUCACCAUCGUUCUGACAGCCAGGUCAUCGAACAUGAGGAUGAUGCUCGAACUCCUCAACCGUUGCGAGUUAUGCCUGGAGCUCUUCCGGCUUCAUGA